GUUUUGGAAUGAAUACCAUUCCAGAAUGAUAUAUUCCGAAGAAAAUGAUCUUUACAAAAACAAAUUUAAGUUUGUUAUUUUUAUUAAGAAACUCGUUACAAGAUCAGAUUACUCCGUUUCCGGGUAAUAAAGCUCAUGUUUAGAUAUUAAACCCGGUUCUUAACGCGUAACCAAGCCUUCCUGACACUAUCACGCUAUCAAAACAGGGUGCUCGCAACCGCGAUGCUUCAUCUAAAACACCGCCUGCCCACCAUGUCCACUACCGCCGCCGCCAUGUUGUCUUCUUCUUCAUCUUCAUCUUCUGUAUUACUCAGAAACCCUAGAUUACCAAUAUCAUCGAAUUUCAAUUACUUCGGUAGUGUAAAAUCCUGCAACCGCCUUUCUCUUUGCAGUCGCUUAUCCAAAAUUUCACUUCGUUGUUUCGCUUCGUCUUCUACCACCGCUAUGGAUAAAAUCCCCGUUCUCAAUCCCAUUGUUGAGAUGGACGGUGACGAAAUGACGAGGAUCAUAUGGCAGAUGAUUAAAGACAAGCUCAUUUUUCCGUACAUAGAUUUGGAUAUUAAGUAUUUUGAUUUGGGAAUAUUGAAUCGUGAUGCUACAGAUGAUGAAGUUACUGUAGAAAGCGCCCAUGCCGCUCUGAAGUAUAAUGUUGCUGUAAAAUGUGCUACAAUCACACCUGAUGAGACAAGAGUCAAGGAAUUUGGAUUGAAGUCCAUGUGGAGGAGUCCCAAUGGCACAAUCAGGAAUAUUUUAGAUGGGACGGUUUUUCGAGAGCCUAUUAUGUGCAAGAAUGUUCCUAGAAUUGUCCCAGGGUGGACGAAACCGAUUUGUAUUGGUAGGCAUGCAUUUGGCGACCAGUAUCGCGCUACAGAUGCAGUCAUUAAAGGGCCAGGAAAACUCAAGAUGGUUUUUGUCCCAGAGAAUGGUGAAACUCCCAUGGAGCUUGAUGUUUUUGACUUUAAAGGUCCUGGCAUUGCACUUGCAAUGUAUAAUGUUGAUGAGUCUAUCCGUUCGUUUGCUGAAUCAUCAAUGUCAAUGGCACUCUCAAAGAGAUGGCCUUUAUAUCUGAGCACCAAAAAUACUAUUUUGAAGAAAUAUGACGGGAGGUUUAAGGAUAUCUUUCAAGAGGUAUAUGAGAAGAGUUGGAAGGAGAAAUUUGAAGAACAUUCAAUAUGGUAUGAACAUCGAUUGAUUGAUGACAUGGUGGCUUAUGCCCUAAAAAGUGAUGGUGGGUAUGUUUGGGCAUGCAAGAACUAUGAUGGAGAUGUCCAAAGUGAUUUACUAGCUCAAGGAUUUGGUUCUCUGGGCCUCAUGACAUCAGUUUUGCUAUCAUCAGAUGGUAAAACACUAGAAGCUGAGGCAGCCCAUGGGACAGUAACACGUCAUUUUAGGCAACACCAAAAGGGAAAUGAAACCAGCACAAACAGUAUUGCCUCAAUUUUUGCAUGGACAAGAGGACUUCAACAUCGAGCCAAGUUGGAUAAAAACGAACGAUUAGCGGAUUUUGUUACAAAGCUAGAGACCUCGUGUGUUGAGACUGUUGAGUCUGGAAAGAUGACAAAGGAUCUUGCCAUUCUAAUCCAUGGACCCAAGGCAUCAAGGGAGUUCUACUUGAACACUGAGGAGUUCAUUGAUGCUGUUGCUCAAAAUCUCAACUCUAAGCUUCAACCUCUUGCAGCCAGUUCAUUAAAGUAAAAUACAGUGGUGAGUGGUGGUCUUUGUUUGGGUUGAUUAAUUUCUGCCAACAAAGUCAUUCAUUGCCUAUGACUCACUUCUAUGAAAAUGGAUAACCAACACCUUCAACAAAACAUACGAAACAAAACGAUUGUUCUUUUCUCAACAAAAUAAUUUUUCUUUGCACAGAAAAAUGAUUGUUAACGAGUUGGUUUUGUAACAAACUGUUAACGAGUUGGUUUAGCACAGAAAUGUUUAUUCAAUUAUUUCUUUUAGGAAAAAUGAUUAUUUGCAAUGAUGGGAUGAGAUUGAUUUCUUUUGUACAUACAAGAGAUUUAGAGCUGGCCCUCUCCCACCUUUUUUGGUGGGGAAAAAUUGCAAUUUUUUUCCCUGUUCAAUUCAAGGUAUGGUUGGCAUUCAUGCUGGGUUUGGGUGACCAAUUUAAUUAAACGACUUAGAGAUUUUCAACCCAACUAAUCAUUUUUUUCUUCCAACGUAGUCAGUUAUGUAAAAGUGUUGGACUUGGUUUGACAUAUUUAAAUUUAUCAUUUAUAUCACAUAAAAAAUCUUAGACUUUAUUAAAUCAAAACCAUUGUUCAGGAAAAAAAAGCAAAUACAGUUUAAUUGUCAAAAUAACAUUUUGUUCUUGAACCCUUUUAAUUUAUGAGAUAAGACAAUAU